AUGCGCUUACUACGUAAUCUCCUCUCCAACUUUACACGUUCAGCACGAACAGCUCCGAAACGCGAAUACGCUCACGUUCACGACGUGCAGAUUAAGUGGGAAAGAGCGCCAGUCCAGAAUCACGGGGAAAAGCAACCGGAAGAAGCCGGCAGUAUGUCUCUAAACGUCUUCAAGCAACCCCUCGCGCUCCACUCGACACAGCCCCUAACCGGCUUCACGCGCUCAGGCUACUGCGAAGUGCCCGCCUCGGACGCCGGCAACCACGCCAUCGCAGGUGUAGUAUCGAAAGAGUUCCUCGACUUCUCUGCCGCGCGGGGCAACGACUUGCGCCAAGUGGGGUUGACGGAUGGCUGCAAGUGGUGUCUUUGUGUGAGCAGGUGGAAGGAGGCGUUUGAUGCGAGGACGGGCAUGGAUGAUAAGAAGGUGCCCAAGGUUGUGCUCAAGGCGACGAAUGAGAAGGCGUUGAAGGGUGUGGCGAUGGAUGAUUUGAAGGCUUUUGCUGUGGAUAAGGAGUAG